AUGGAGUGCUCGUGCUCGGGUCAAGCUUUCGGCAGUUUACACCUAUGGAUCGAAUCCCUGAGACCGUCUACUACUAGUCGGAGGACGCGUUUGGCGGAACACAUUCCGACUACGUCGCAGGCGAGACAACAACAGUCACUCAACGACCGGCCCUUCGAUCAGUUAUAUCCCUUCGAUAAGACAUCUGCUGUGGUUGCUGGUGAUGAUGAGACCGUCUUGUAUCUUGGAUAUGGAUCCAAUCUGAGUGCUGAGACAUUCAGAGGGAAAAGAGGUAUACGUCCAGUAUCGCAAGUCAACGUUCUCGCGCCGACUCUGUCCUUGACCUUUGACCUACCGGGUAUCCCAUAUUCUGAACCGUGCUUUGGCAAUGUACGUUAUAGGCAAGAGACACCCCAGCAAGAGGGAAACUCCACAACUGCGAAGGACUAUCAUAAAGAUCGUUGGUCAAAGGGUCUGGUCGGUGUGGUCUACGAAGUGACAAAGUCCGACUAUGUGCACAUCAUCGCAACAGAAGGAGGUGGGGCAGGAUAUCAAGAUGUGCUCGUCGAUUGCUACCCUCUCAACGGGGGUCCGAUGGAGGAUGUUCCCCUGAUGCCGUCGGGGCAACCUUUCAAAGCCCAUACUCUGUUCGCACCCGCAAAGACCACACGACCUGACCCUUCCUACGCACAACCGAGCCCGAGAUAUCUCAAACUGAUAACGGACGGCGCCGAAGAACACGGAUUACCACUCGAAUAUCAAGCCUUCCUGCACCAAAUUCGAUCGUUCCACAUAACAACCACAAAACAGAGAUUGGGCUCAUUCAUCUUUCUAAGUGUGUGGUCUCCCUUCUUCUUGUUCUUCGUGGGUGGAGCCGCUGCGAUAUUUCUGAAACCAGAUGGGACGUAUCCGAAGUGGUUUGCGAAUUUCUUGAAUGCUAUGUUUACGGCAUGUUGGACGAGUUAUGAUCACUUCUUCAAGGAGACGUUUGGAGACGGCGAGAGGACCAUGAAGGAGAAGGAUGAUGCCGACGAAGGCGAUCUUGAAUAUGCGAAGAUUGAAUCUGUCAUGGAUGAGAAAGCGCCGUUGAUUGAGCGAGUGCAACAUAAAUAUGGGGCGGUGAGCACGGUGGAACGAAUUGUAUGA